CGACAAUGUGUAAUGGUGACAAGGAAGAUGAGACCAAGCGACGGCGAAUGAAUGCACCCGCCGCCGGGGACUCGUAAACGCUACAAAACCUCGCACGCCUCGCACACAAACACGAAGCACCCGACACGCGAUGUCUUCUGCCGCUUCGAUCGGACGCACCCCGCGUGGAAUUGCUGCUUGCACUUUUGGCAUCGGACCAUGAACCCAAACGGCUCGUCUCGGCAUGCGAGGCACAAGUUGGUAGCGACAGCCGUCUUGAUCGCUGGUUGUUCAAGGGGUCGUGCUGCUACUUCAGCUGAUUCUUCUUCGUCAACGACGGAAAUCGGUAUAGCGUGUGUUGACAAUGGCACUACGUGUGUGCACUGAGGCGAUGGUAGGAGUGGAGAAACUGGGUUUGACGUCUUGGUGCCUGACGAAUCGUCCAGAACGAGAAGGUGGCUUUGACGACUUUCCAACACUGCUGCUUGGCCUUCCAUUUCUUGGAUUUUGACCUCCAUUUGUUGAAGUCGGGCUGUUUGGUCAGCGAGUGCAUUUUCCGCGUUGAGCAAUUUGGUGCGGAAAGCUUCCUCGUCGGAUAGUCUGUCUUCCUCCGCUUUUGUCAUCGCCAUUGACAGCUCCUCAAUUUGGCGCUGCAAUGAUUGUCUCUCUUCCUCAUGUUGGCAUGUGAGCGUUGCAAUGGACAACUGCAAUGCGUCAAUGGUUUGUGUCCCGCAUAUACUUGAUUCUUGGUACUUUGCCACCAAGUUUUGUUGGGCUUGCAAUUUUCCCUCCUGCAAGUGUCCCAGUGCCAUAAUUGAAGUUAAUGUUAAGUAGAUAUGAUCGAUUACCAUGAAACGAAUUCGCAUCCGCAAUGCGUCGUUCUCGUCAUGUGAUUUUUGAAGUCGUGAUUCGCACGUUUGAUGCUUAUUGCGAUUGAAUCAAGGCUCGUUGUGACGAUGUGGAUGCAUUGUCAGGCUGAGCUUUGCUGCUGGACAUUUGAAGCAUCAUAGCUUCGCAAUUACCUUGACUCUAUGCUAAGUCAGAGGAUUCAGAUCUGGCGUCGAUGGGAAUCGCACCUCCUCUAUCGAUCGAACUUCUCUUGCC